UUGCUUUCAAUGUGAAGCUUUGAUAGAUAUCGUGAUAUCUUAAAAAGGAGGACGCUGAAAGAAGCCUUUUUGAUUUAUCUUAGUCAUGUCCUCUUAAUUAAUGAUGAUUCUUCAAGAAGGUGCUUUAUACGAGAAGUUUUUGUAACCACUUUUUACUUUUGCUUCGAAACUGGCUUUUUGUUUUCUGUCAUUUAAUCUUAUUAAUCGGCUGUGGGUAACAAACCACUAAAGCCCCGGCAAAACGACUGGACAUUUUCACUGAACAUGCACUGGACAAAUAUCCAGCGUAAAUGUUGCGUCGUUUUGCCACCUUGUCCAGUCUUGUUCAGCGAUGUUGAGUGUUGUUCAGUCGAUUUUGAAGGUAGUCAAAAAUGUUCAGUGGACAGGAUUAAAAUUCUUUUGUUCGUAGAUGUUGUAGAGAAAUGUUCAGUCGUUUUGCCACUCUACUGAACAUUGUCCAGUUCGCGCACGCGCAAUGAAUGUAAUUGAUAGGAUUUGGCGCGAAUUUAUUUCCAUUAUUCAAAUCUUCAACAAGCUUUAAACACGGUGGGAAGAAAUGGAAUCAACAUUAAACUUCAAUUCGACGAAGAGCAGGAAAAGGCAUUUCAUUUGUAACGAAGAGUCGGCUGAAGAUAUUAACUUUAGUUCCGAUGAGGAAAGCGAUGGCAGAGGGCACGAUUACGGCGAUUUUUACGAGCCUGGCAGGCCUAACCAUUCUCCCAUAAUAAACUCUUCUUCGGACGACGAUGCGGUUAGGGCUAUGAACAGUGUAUUAUCAAAAGUAAAGAGGGUCUCAAAAGCUAAAAAAAGAAAGAGCAAUAAUCCUGGCAUCAUUAAAUGCAACACCAGGAAACCCAGUGCUGAUAAAAGGCCAGGAAAUGAAAAUUGCAGUAUUCAGGAGAGCAACAUGAUAGAAAAGCAAGCCAAACCAGAUGCUACAGUAGGAAGAAAGCAAACCCAGAAAGAAACAAAGAAGUGGUCGAAUGAUGAUGUGGCACUGCUGAUCGAUCUUUUGGAAGAAAGAGCUUGCUUGUGGAAUGUUUAUGACAAAUCAUACCAUCUUAAACACACAAGGGAAAGGGCUUUGUCUGAGAUGAGUGGUUCUUUGGAUGCCUCACCAGCAGAAAUCAAGACAAAAAUUCUAACUUUGAGAUCUCAACUUGGCAGAGAGAUAAGCAAAGUGAAUAAAACUAAAUCUGGCCAAAGCACAGAUCAACUUUACAAAUCAACAUGGAUUUAUUGGGAGAGGCUCCAGUUUUUGCGUCCUGUGCUUCAGCCAGGAAAGAGCAGAGACAGUUUACAAGGCUCUCUCCAUGAAACUGAAAAUGAGAACCCAGAACUUGACAAGAGAUCAGAUGGUGAUGUCUCAAAAUCAGCCAAAAGUCAAAAUUCAGCCCCAAAAUUGAAAAAGGCAGCAAUGGAAGAAAAGAAGGUUGAACUGAUAAAUACAUGUAUAGCUGCCUUGAAAGUACCAGAAAAGCAACCAGAACAGUGCCAUUUUUCACUUUUUAUAUCAGAAAAGUUGCGUUCAUUUGACCACAGAGCAAGAGUGUUAGCAGAAAAGAGAAUCAGUGAUGUCAUUUUUGAUAUAGAAAUGAAUGGAUCAAACAUGCAGAUGCCAACAGCUACUAAUAACAGCUAUGCUGCUUCUGUUAAUCAAACACAGUAUCCACCAAAUCAAAACCAAUAUGGACACACAAGCAUGGAAAUGUCAACUGGAUCAUAUUUAACUAUGUUAAAUUAACAUUUUGUUUUGAGCUUGAACAAACCUCAAUAUAUUAAAUUACCAUUUUGCUCUUUAAACUUACCUUGAUUAACAAAUAUAAUAAUUAAUUUAAUUCCACACAUCAUAAUAAACCAUUUUAUGUCUCCUAUUUGUAUAUCAUGAAUAUAUUUAGAAUUUACCCAUGUUGUUACAUAUUCUUGCAUGUAAACAUCUUCUUUAGGGAAGGAAAACUAAGAUAACUAAGAUUAGAAUCCAUAGAACUAAAGAUGAUAGCGGUAUGAUUACAAAUCAUAUGACCAGAAAAUGUUGAACUAUGAAAAUUUUGAACUUUCUUAAUUGCUUGAAUAUUGAUAUUGCUUGGGCCUCGCACAUACUUUUCUCAUCAAAGAAAGGGAACAUUCAACAUUUUGUGGAAACUUUUUCAAUAUUUGCAAAUUAUGGUGGAAACAGGAACAAUACACACCCCAGUACAUUAAACCUGAAUGAAAACUCUUGAGAGGUUUUAAUUACAGGAAAAUUUGUCAAUGCAUACAAAGCCUCAUGACUUACAACAUAGCUGGCAAUGUUGAGCUCGCAUGUAUGGUCUAUUGAUAAAGUGGCAACAGUAGCAGAGGUAUAAGUAAUCAUAGUACUGCUUCUCAGAACUAAUUUCAAAAGAUGAUUGUUUAUCAUAACUGUACUUUAGCCUUGUAGCAGUGUAUUCUAAAUUUAUGAGCAUUAAAAAAGGUUCUCCAAACAUUUUUCUUUUUUAUUCAAAAAAAAAACAAAGCAACAAUUCAAGUUUCAAGGAAAAUUUGCUGGCAAUCUGAGACAUACCUAUCUAGCUAAUAUAUAUCUGUCAGGAAAUCUCAUGAAUAAACAUCUUAUGUGAACCUAAUCAAGUUAAUGUAAUGAUUUUCUGGGAUCAAAAAUGCAUCAGAUAGUCAGUUUUACAAGAAAAAACAACUUCUAUAAGAUAUCAUAUCAUUUAUCAUAUCUCCUUUUCACAACAUACUUAAACUUUUUUCAAGUCAUUUUUCCCACUGCCAUUCAACUGCACCCUCAUUACAGAAGAAAUCUUUUAGACAGUCCCUAACCUCUUUUGCAUUCAUACUUGCAUUGUGACCAGUAGAAGGAACAGCUAGUGGUAGCAUUGAUUCCCCUGGAUUUCCUGAUUGCCAGUGCCCUAGAAUAGUUUCACCGUCCCUUCCAACAUUGUCAGUAAGAUUAGAUGGGCAAUAAGUACCUUUAGAGUCACUCUGCCUUAAAAAGUUGUGAAUUGUGAGUGUAGCCAUUGUGAGAUAUUCAAUUGUUGUUGGUGGAAGUAAAAUUACUGAUCGAAAUACACGCCAACGAUUGGCAAUGAUUCCAAAGAGGUUUUCUGAUAUCCUCCGGGCCCUGCUGUGACGAUAAUUGUAAAUUCGUUUGGCUUCAUCUAAUCCUGCUUGGGGGUAAGGCUUCAUUACAGUAGGCUUCAAUGCAAAUGCAUCAUCUGCAACAAGGACAUAAGGAAUUUCCUUGACACCAAAUGGGAGGCAACUUGGAGGGGGCAGGGUAAUUUCACUAUUUCAAAGCUUUUGCAAAAACUACUUUUAUUCCAUAUACCACCAUCAGAAACACGACCAUUUGUUCCAACAUCUGCAUAUAUGCACUCAUAAUCUGGACCAGCUAUCGCCAUCAAAACAACUGAAUGCGUGUGUUUAUAGUUAUAAUAUUUGGAACCAGCAUCGGGUGGUGGUUGCAUUACCAAGUGCUUUCCAUCAAUGGCACCAAUACAAUUGGGGAAUUGCCAUCUCUCAUAAAACUUGUUUGCAAUGGCGAGCCAUUCUUCCUCACUGCUGGGGACUUUCAAAUACACUGGCUCCAUAUUCUUAAUGAUUGCCUGACAAACACUUGUAACUAUGUAGGAAAUUGCAGGUCUUGAUAUUCGAAAUUGAAAGGCUAGUGAACGGAAAGUUUCUCCUGUUGCAAGAAAUCGUAAUGCAAGAGUUAACCUUGCCUUUGCAUUUAUUACUGUGUUACCUCCAAUUAUUUGGUGUGGAGUGAUGUCCUUUUCGAUAAAGUUCAAUAUAACAAGGAAAUCCUCGUGUUUCAUUCUCAUCAUUUCCCUGUAGGCCGCGCUAUCCUCCACGGUCAGUUCUGUUACGAUAUUUUCAAACAGACCUCUUUCUUCUCGUCUCUUUACCCACUGCCUCGUCUUUCCACGGCUUCUUUUGGCACCCUCAUCUUCAUCGUCAACAAGAUCUAAAACAGUCAGGAUCAUAGCAACUUUUCGUUUGCAAUCCAUAAUCAUUGAUGUCAAAAUUGCAGAGAUGUCACUAUCUCCUUGGCGCCCUGUAGCUAGUUUUCCCGCGCGCAUUCUUCCACACUGCAAAAGUUCACUGGACAAUGUUCAGUCGUUUUGCCACCACCAAAAUUUUCUGGAUGUCCACACACUGAACAAUUGAGAAAUGAUCAGUGCAUUACCAGUGCAAAUGUCCAGUCGUUUUGCCGGGGCUUAAGGUAUCAUAUCACAAGAGUAUAGCGUUUAAUAGUUAUGGGCCCGUUGUUUACAUGAUAUUGGGUUUUCUUGCUUCUUGAAAAAGCCAUCUUGAGCUGGAACUCUCAUUCUCCGUCUUGGCCAGAUGUAAAGUGACAGAGUGGUUACGUCGUAAAACCUAUUUUUAGAACUUUGAGCACUUAGCCUGAAAGAAACGUGAAACACCUCCAUAAUACUAAAUCAGCUAGAUAUGUUACCGGUUGCGUGAAAUAUGGCCACAUGAGCACAGGCCCCUUCCCCAUAAGGCCACUGUACUUUUAACACAUAAACCAGACAAAGUCGAGUCUUCACUGACGAGCCAAAGUUAAGUCGAUUUUUCUGGAAAUAUAAAACAGAUAUUACUAAAUUUUCACAUAUAGAGGUAUUUCCCUUGUCUUUGACCUUACUACUUUCCAAAAGAUUCAUUCUGUGAUUUCCA